UCGACCUUCCCGGUGACUGGCAAACUCACUGUUUUUAUAACUUGCAACAAAAAUUCAAUUAAAAUAGUGAAAUAACCCAGUAAAAUGGCCCAAAAAGUGAUCAAGUAUAUCGGUCGCACCACAGACUUUCGCGGCAACACGCUGUGGGAGCUGGUCUCGGACCUGCCCAACUGGGGAGUGGGCCGCCUGCUCAUACGUAACAUGUUCCAGCGAUAUCCGGAGCCCUGCUACAUGCGGAUUCUGAAGGUGCAAUCCGUGGACGAGCAACCCGGCGAGAUCCGCAAGGUGCGGGUCACUGUGGAGAAAACGUGGCGCGGCGUAACGCAGCCCAAGCCUGUGGAAAUCUACAGCACCAGCUAUAAGGCAGACUACGAACUGGUGCCACAGGAUCAGGAAACAAAGUACCUGAACAACAAGAAAAAGGUUGAACCAGUGGUCCUGCCCACAAAGAUUGACCUUCCGCCUCUGCUCCGCGAACUGGUAUCGGAGGAAACGGGCAACCCCAAUCCCCAGAUGAAGGUCCACUACAAACUGACCGACAACAAAAUGGCCAGAUUAGCCAAGGAUGGUGAAAAGUCAACAGUUAGCUUGGCUCUUGGUGUGGGCCAGCCGAAACCCGUGAGCGCCAAGCUUUACGAAGGAUUAUUAUAAGCCUGAGGACGUUGUUGAAAUAUUAAAUACAUCUAUUAUACACUUAAACAUACGAA